AUGGCGGACGGGGCGCGCUCGCUGCGCGGCGGCGGUGGCGGGAGCGGGAGCGGCGGCGGCAGCCCGGCCUCCAGCCCGGUGCUGGGCGGGCGGGGCCGCGCCGCGGCGGGGGGCGGCAGCCCACCGGGCCACGCGUUCCGCAGGGUGACCCUGACCAAGCCCACCUUCUGCCACUACUGCACCGACUUCAUCUGGGGGCUGGCCGGCUACCAGUGCGAGGUUUGCAACUUCAUGUCUCACGAAAAGUGCCUCAAGAAUGUCAAGAUACCGUGCUCGUGUAUUGCUCCCAGCCUUGUAAGGGUUCCAGUUGCACAUUGCUUUGGGCCUCCAGGACAUUACAAAAGAAAAUUUUGCACUGUGUGCAGGAAGUCCCUAGAGUCACCUGCCUUUCGAUGUGAAGUUUGUGAGCUACAUGUGCACACAGACUGUAUCCUGUUUGCUUGCAGUGACUGCCGGCAGUGUCACCAGGAUGGGCACCUGGACCAUGAUACUUACCACCACCACUGGAGGGAGGGAAACCUUUCUUCAAGUGCUCGUUGCGAAUUCUGCAAAAAAACCUGUGGGUCUUCUGAGGUGCUCUCUGGCAUGAGAUGUGAAUGGUGUGGCAUCCUGGCUCAUGCUGCUUGCUAUGUAAUUGUCACACCAGAAUGUACCUUUGGAAGAUUAAGGAAUAUGAUUCUUCCUCCAAAUUGUGUGCAAUUGUUUUCUCGCAACUUCAGCAAAUUGCAUUGUUUUCGAAUAUCAGAAAAUAUGCAAACAGAAUCAGAUGAAGAUGAUGAUGUUGAUGGGUCAACACAAGGAUCAACAAAAGAUAUCCAGAUUUCAACCGAUUCAAGUAAACAAACACUGAAGAUAUUUGAUGGGAAUGAUGCAGUGAAACGCAAUCAAUUUCGACUAAUUUCAGUUCCAAGGAUUGCAAAAAAUGAAGAAGUUGUGGAGGCUGCUUUGAGGGCAUACUACAUAAAUGAUGACCAGCAGGAGUAUGAGCUUCAGACCUUUACGCAGCAGGUGCUGCUCUCUGAUGAUGUUAUCAACAGGAAUGAUGCUGCAGAGGACAGCAAUUUGGGCUCAGUAUUCCGCGAAUCUGUUCCUGAAGCUUGGAUCAUCAGAGCCAAACCAAAGGACGAGGAAGUGAUCAGAAUUUAUCCUGCCUGGCUAAAGGUGGGAAUGGCAUAUGUUUCUCUACGAGUAAAUAAGGAUAGCACUGUGCAGACCGUGAUCAAAGAAGUGCUCCCAUUACUUGGAAGGCAGACCGAGUGCCUCCAGAAUUUCAAAUUGGUGGAAGUGCUUAUGGGCAGUAAGCAAGUGCAGCGCAUGGUCUUGGACAAUCAGGAACUGAUUCUUAACAGACUCAAGGACAUAAGAAAGACUUCAAUACGUCAGAUGAAUCAAACAAGAUUUUACAUUGUGGAAAACAGCAAAUCCAUUGUACAAGUAGAUUUAUUUGUUGGUGGCCUUCCACCUCAGCUUUCCCCUGAAGAAUACACAAAUAUUCUCAAGGAAGAAUUAGCUAUCAAAACAAAUGUAGUAUCUGUGAGUCAUGUUUAUCAAGCACAAGGUGCUGUUGUACUCCAAAUUUCAUGUUUUUCUGAAGCUGAAAGAAUAUAUAUGCUAGUUAAAGAUACUGUUGUCAAUGACAAGCCUCUGAAUGCUGUGGUGAUUCCUGCAGUUAUGGCUUCCAAGAUACCACGGAAUUGUUGCCCACUUCUUGUAUUUGUGAAUCCAAAAAGUGGUGGUCUAAAAGGUCGGGAUCUGCUGUACAGUUUUAGAAAGCUGUUAAACCCACAUCAGGUCUUUGAACUUACCAAUGGGGGCCCACUACCUGGGUUUCACACGUUCUCCAAAGUCCCCUCUUUCCGAGUGCUGGUGUGCGGAGGGGAUGGCACUGUUGGCUGGGUCCUUGGUGCACUUGAGGAGAUCAGGCACAAGCUGGUGUGCUCAGAGCCCUCAGUUGCCAUCUUACCUUUGGGAACAGGUAAUGACUUGGGGAGGGUCUUGCGCUGGGGAGCUGGCUACAGUGGGGAGGACCCGUACUCCAUUUUGGUUUCUGUGGAUGAGGCGGAUGAUGUUCUUAUGGAUCGCUGGACUAUCCUUUUGGAUGCAGAAGAGCCAGCUGAAGGUGCAGAAAAUGGUAUUGCGGAACCUGAGCCUCCCAAGAUUGUACAGAUGAACAACUACUGUGGUCUUGGCAUUGAUGCAGAGUUGAGCUUGGACUUCCAUCAUGCUAGGGAAGAAGAACCAGGGAAAUUUAAUAGCAGGUUUCACAACAAGGGAGUUUACGUGAAAGUUGGGCUGCAGAAGAUAAGUCAUACAAGAAACCUUCACAAGGACAUAAAGCUGCAAGUGGACCAGCACGAGGUGGAGUUACCAAGUAUAGAAGGACUCAUUUUUAUUAAUAUACCCAGCUGGGGCUCUGGAGCUGACCUCUGGGGGUCUGAGAGUGACAACCGCUUUGAGAAGCCACGCAUCGAUGACGGCCUGCUGGAAGUGGUUGGUGUGACUGGCGUCGUUCACAUGGGUCAAGUCCAAGGUGGUUUUCGAUCAGGAAUCCGCAUAGCCCAAGGCUCGUAUUUCCGUGUAACACUCCUAAAGCCAAUUCCAGUUCAAGUUGAUGGAGAGCCCUGGAUUCAGGCCCCUGGCCAGAUUAUAAUUUCUGCUGCAGGACCAAAGGUCCAUAUGUUGAAAAAAUCCAAGCAGAAGCAGAAAAAAACUGGAAGCCUGAAAGAGAUGAAAGUGGAUGGUGUGUCAGUCUCUGAAGGAGGACGCUAAGGGGAGACCUGUAUCCACACCUAGACACCACACUGGUUCAGUAAAACCCAGUGCAGACAACUCGUGAAGAGAGUUGCUUAUGAGCGUGCCUUUCAUUACAUUUUGAUAGUACUGGGUUCUUCUUUGUCUUUCAAAGAUAGUGCCUCAUUGUCACAAAUAACUGUUAUGUACCACUUGUCUCAUCUGAAAUGUUUACUUUGGGUUGCUUUUCUGUAAGCUGUUUCCCAGCCAAACAGAGAUUCCAAGAUGCUGAGAUUUCUGCAUUUGCCUUCACAAAAAAUCCUUCCCUCGUCUCAGCUCCUUCUUAAAGAAUAUCAUUCCAUAGAUAAUUUUUUAUUUGUUCUAUAGCUGAAAAUGUGUUUCUUUAAAUUAAUGCUCACAGUAGCAUCCUAACCAAAAAAAGGCAAAAACAUGAGUUGCUGAGAAGUCCUUAGAUCAGUCCAAAUAGCACAGCUGAAACAGUACAAGUGUAAAGAGAAAAAUACAAAACACAGGAGAGAUUAUUUCUAUAAAAGGAUCCUAGAGCACUGGGAAGAGAGAAAGUACUAGAACAGUUGAGUCAAAAUAUUUCAGAGCGUUUACUUCAACAGUAUUUGGACAGCAUGAAUGAAGGGAAAACAGCCUGUAGAGCACUUUUUCAACUGUAGCUUAGUUUCUCAUUAUUCAGCCAAAGCCCGUUUUAAAAGGCAUUUGAAUUUCAUCAGCUACAACUCUUAAAGGGAACACAAGUACCCAAUGCAGUAUUAUGUUACACCAAUAUUUUUCUGUCCCUGAAACCAUUAUCUUUGACACCAGACUUUUCGUCUUGACUUUACUUGUGUUGUUUCAUUUUCAUGAAUUUGUACUAUUAUAUAACAGAAAGCUCAAGAAUCAUCAUUAAUUAGGUUAAAAGAAGUACCACUUAGUGUUCAGUUAAGUAAAUUAGCACAGUCACAUGUUAGAGCGGUAUUAUGUACAGCAUAGCUUUGCUGAGGAGCCUUAGCAGGUAUUGAAGCCUAUAGUAUGCAUGUAACAUGCUCUAGGCUUCAAAUAACUGCGAAUGCGAGAGGCAUCAUGAAAAUUCACUUACCUCGUCAGGCUUCUCAAGUCUUUGAUGGGUGUUGUUAUUAGGUGUGGGCCCAGGGACACAGUGACUGUCUUAUCUCACUUGGAUGAGUGUGUGCUCUUCAGAGGCUGUUUCCCCAUCAGCUCCUGUGAGGCCAAGAUCAGCUCUCUGUGUUUACCCAUCUGCUGAAGGUGUGGGGAUCCAGUACUCCUUUUACAGCUUUGUGCUAGAGACUGGUGCUGGAGCAGCCAUGCUGGUCCUGCCAUAUGCUGUCUACAUCUGCUAUCCAUGUCUGUAGUCAUGUUGUUCUUCACUCACAUCUCUGCCAUCUCAUCUCACCAUGGUUGCCCAGGGACUGAACGUUUCACUUUGGGUCAACAUCAUACACAAAGGGCUCUGUGAACCACUUGUGGCUAGGGGGUGGGGCCUGCAAGGUUUUGCCACUUGUAUGCAUCUGCUGCUUGGAGCUACUUAAGCCAUGCUGGCUAGAGCCCACUUAGCCAGACAGUGGGCUUACUCGUCCUCUGUUGCACAGUAAUAACUGUUUCAUCUGUGGGUGGCAUGAAUUCAUCACUUGAGUGUCAGCUUUAGGAGCAUUCCCUCUUGCCAGUGUGUCUAGAAAAACAUCUGUAGCUGCUUCAGGGGGCUUAAGUGUAACUUUGAAAUAUGCAAAAGCCAUUUUGUGAUGGAGCCAGUUACGUGCUGAGGCAGUUCUUGCUGGGUCUUGGUGAUGAGCCUGUACUCUCAGCACUGUGCCAGCUUCAGCAGUGUGCUUCAGAAAUGUGCUUUCUGCUUUCCAGUCAUGGUGCAAUGAGGGUGUGAAUGUCAUCUAUAGCAACAGAAUGAUGCAGCUAAAGCUAUAAAGAGAGACAAAACAGUUAUGGAAAAAUGGCAGAUGCCUGCAGCUUCUCCUUUCAAUCUAGUGAUUCCUUCUCUGUUUUCUGGUAGAGAUACAGUUGGAGGAAUAACUCCUGUUUUCAGUGAAACCUCUUGUUAAUUGUUUAAAUUCUUAAUUUGAAUUUGGGGAUGUUCUUCAGGUCCAACAGCGUGGACUACAACUUAACUUUUAUUCAGCACAAAAACUGGAUUCAUGCUGUGAAGGAAAUAGUUUGGAUAGUACAGAGCUAAAAGUCUUGUCUUCCUGAUCUCUAAAUACAGGGUUAUCUUCUUUAGAACCUGGGCAUGAGAGGUCAGCUGGACCUCUUCUGGCAUCCUGGUACCAGCAUUACAAGUAGGGAGGAUAAAGUGUUGUAUUUCAGGAUGUGCACUCUCUGAAUGAAGCUCACAAAUUAGAGAGGAAAUCUGGAAUAGGCUGCUGCUUCAUAAUUGUCCAGAAAGACAGAGAAACUGCUUUGUAUCCUUGGGGCAGCAGAAAGAAUGCAUGGUCUACUUUCCAGUUGCUGACUCAGUAAUGGAAGCUGGACUUCUUGUUACAGAAAACAUGCAUAAAUUUUAAGAUUGCUGGUACAGACUGUCUUCUGCAGCCCAAAUAAAUAAACAAACAAACCUGUCAUACUAUUUUUCCAGGCAUAUAUAAUCCUGCAGCAUGUAGCUGACAGUGUUUCAAGUUCUUGGCUUGUUAAGGACCUGGCUGUCUCUCCUUUUUCUCUGUAUCUGUUAUCUGAAAUAACAUGAAACUCACAGAUCACAAUACUUUAAUCAAAGGGCCCCUUGCUGUGGCAUAUUCUUCCAGUACAUUUCCCAUCCCUGGAACUCUGUACACGCCUGUUUUGGGGUAGCAUCACAGUAGCAAGGUGACACUGAAGUAUGAGUGUAUUCUUUUCCCAGUGGUGGAGGGCAAGAAAGCUUUGAGUUUGGUUUUCUUUCCCUUUCCUUUUUUUCCCAGAAACCAACUGCCAUAUAUUGUUUGAGCAGAUGAGUGCCACACUGGAAUGAAAACACAGCUUAAGAAAAACACUCUUAGCAUCUAAGGCCUCUGUGCAUCAAAAGAUUAUUCUUAAUGUCUUUUGAUGACAAAACAGAUUCCUGGGCAGUUGAGAUAGAAAACCCCCUGUAAAGCUUUUAAAAGGAGAAACUCACUCAUUAACCCCUCUAUUAAGAUGUUUCAGGUUCUGUAAAGGCCAUUAUAUCAAGAAUAUAUGUGUGUAUGUAUUUUUUAUUCUCAUAUUUUCAUUGCAUAUGGUGUCUGAGAAGACCUGGUAUUUUCUUCUGGGGUAUACAAGGCCUGCAUGAAGGGAGGGGAUAACUCUUUGCUGUUAAUAUGAAACAUUUAGACUUAGCCUUUCCACUUAACGUAACAAUGCAGUAUAAUUUAUGCGACAGUGGGCAGAUAGAUGAUUCUCCAUAUGGGCUCUUUGAGUAGUAUUGUGUGAGAACCCAGUGGUCACGUGACCAAGUACUUUAGAUAAUGUAGCAACAGAAGUGUUGGGGAAGAGGCUCAGUUCCGUCAAGACAGCUGUUAAUGAACAUCAGGGACGCAGGACCAGGAGCUAUAACUGUGGACAGGGAAGAGAUGCAGACUCAUUGCUAUCCUGAGCACACUCUUUCAUCCUCUCUCCACUGCCUUUUUACCUUGCCUAUAAACCACUGCAGGCACAAAUAGCACAACUAGCAUCUCACCUGCUGAGAUACACUCUCCUGACCUUUUACUAGUGUCCUACUUAGGCAUUGCCAACACUGGGGAGAGAAGGGUCCUGAAAACUGUGGUUCCUUUCAAAUACCCCAGUGUUGCAGAUUAGUGCAGGUGGUCAAUUGGUUAAAAUCUGUUUUGAUGGAUAAACACAUUACCUCUGUCUUGAAUUAGUAGAACCGAAAUUCAAAAGCUCAUCCCUGAGAUAUGGGUGCUACUUCAGAAAAUUUGCUGCUUUUUUCCCCAUGGCUUUUACCCUUGAUUUGUACAGUUUAAAUUGCUGGUAUUUUCACUGCAUUGAUUUUUAGGUGAAAUGGUUCUUUUGCCAAAAACUUUUUGUUUAUAUAUGUGUAUAUAUGUGUGUGGACAUACAUGUGUAUACAUACAUGCGCACACACCCUUUAAGAAUACGCCUUAUUGUAUUUCCUUCCACAGUGCCUAAUUAUACAGCUUUUGCCCUGUUACAGCAUUCUGAUAGCACUCACUUCUGGUUCUUUCUCUCUCCAGUUUCAGACAUAAGGCAGGACUUGCACUUUCCAACAAGACAUGACGGCAAUAUAGUGAAAGCACAACUGUGUUUAGAGUACAAUCUCUGCAUGUAUGCAGUUUGAGCUCUGCUUGCUCUUUCUAGAUUUUAAUCAAGUAUCUGUGUGUCUAAAACCAAUGGCAAUGGCUAUUGUAGCAUUUUAAAAACUAGGAAGAAGCUGUCCACUGCAAGACUUAACUAAGGAACAAAACUAAAUGAGCUAUUAUAGACAAUUGUUGUUCAUCUUCACAGUUACCCUCUUACAAAUAUUGUAUGGAUUUCAUUUCUUUAAAGAGAAAAUAAUGCACUUGAUCUGAGUAUCAUCUGUUUCAAAUUGCUUAGCAUUUAUGCAUGCAUGUGAUUCUGUAGCAGCCUGUUGGCAUAUAAAUAUCAUUAUCAAAUGAAACCUCUUUUUGUGGGAGGAGAAGGUAAGACGAGCUGUUGUGACACUUAAAAAGGGCUUAUGUUGAAGACACAACAGAUUUGGUUGCAUAUGUAUUUAAUAAUGUACCAACUGCAGGUACACUCUGUCUUGUAUAGUCUCUAGUCCAUAUUCCAGUGCCAGUAUUGGGGUCUAUUGGAGUUGUGCACUUGAGAGACCUGGCAGUAAAGACUCUUUCAGUCUGCACCCCACAUCUCUUCCUUACCACCUUCAGAGUGAUGGUACAGCUUUCUGCCAGGCUGCUCUCCUGCCCUUUGGGCCUAGCUCUGUACUGAAACUGGUAUUGAAGGUAUGAGUAUGUGCUGGUGAAUGUGUGUGGAGAGUGGGGGAAUGGAGUUCCAGCUCUAAGCGCUGCUCUGUCAGUUUGGCUUAGAAUAUUCUUUAAUUUCUGCUUCAGCUUCUACUUUAGCCAUCUAACAGCUGUGCAGCAAAGAAAAAUUUGGCAACUACUGAAUUGCCUUGGAUUCACCAGUGACAACGUUGCAUCAUUUUCAGGCUUUGAUCUUAUAUGCACCCGAAUAUGUGUAACUUCAUUAUACUUUUUGCACUUAACAGAAAAUACAGGUUAGAUAGGCUUAGGGUGUGGCAAAAUUGCAAUGUUUGUACUUUUUUUUUGUAAAUAUGGGGAUAAUUCUACAGAUACAAAGAUGCACUUUCAGAAAACAAUGAGAACAAGUUUGUAGAAUACAAUUGUUUAGGAGUUUCUCUGACUGCAGUGUUCUUGAUCCCCAUCCAUGUCUAACACUGUGUUCUCCUUGAAAGCCUGCUUGGGGAUAGAGAUGGCUUCUCACAUCGCAGAAUGUAUUUAUAGCUGACUGACUGAAAGUUCAUGUAUGUUUUUGAGCAAGUUUGCUGCUAUUCUAAGUUUUAGGUUUUACUAGACUGCUUCUAUAAUGCAUAAAAUAAUGUUCAAGUUUUAUUUAUAAUGUCAACACUUACUGACUUGACACUUAGGAGACAUCCAGCCCAAAGCCUUCAUUCCUUUUGCUAUUUAAUGGUUUUGUUGUGUUGUUGGUUUUUUUUAGCAGUGUAGGCAUUGUAUGUGUGGAGUGCAGUGAAAUGAAUGCAAAUUACUAAUCUUAACCUGCAGUUAGAGUGGCAGUUUCAAUGUUUACAGGACAGUGACUAUUGAUUGUAAACCCAUACAUGUCCACUGAAACAGCGCACUCUUCAUGUGUUUUGGAAGCAUUGUUUCUGCUUACCAUGGUAAUUAAUGGAACAGUUGCCUUCUGGUUUUAGAGUCCUGGUUAUGUUGCUUUGGAGAGAUUUAAGUGUGGGUUAUGGUUUCUCUGCCAUGGACUCGCAGGACAGAAUUUCUACUGAUACAAGUGUGUUAUAUUGAACAUGUUUGCUGAAAGAGUGACUUUAUUUUUUGUGAAGAUAAUUUAUGAGAAGGUUUUAUAGCAGAUCAGUACUGAAAAAGUUGAAGUCUUGAAAUAAAUGUGUGUAGAUAUUAAAGAUCUAUUCCAAAGCAAAGUAUUUUUUAAUAGGGCACUGUUACUGGUGUAGUUAUCCCUCUAAGCUCUCCUGGCAGCAUACCCAUUUAGCAUGUCACUCUGCACUGGUCAAAUGUGUUAUUUAGGGAACAACCUGAUUUCAUAAGAUAUGGCUUCAUUUAUAUUGUGUGUAUCCCCUAUUACACCUCUGGCAGCAACCUAAUAUAAACAUCAGCCUCACAAGGCAGGGCUUCUCCCCCAUACAGAUCACUGCAGGUUGAAGAGCAGAGAGCCUGCCCUUGUGCUUGACUACAGAAAGGUUAUAAGUCUGGUGACUGUCUGGCACUUACAGUCCUCUCUCUCUUACUGUCACAGAGUGUGCCACACAAGCUCUUUUGCUUUCUGAAGGCAGGCAGGCCCAAAUCAAGAGUGCCUGCGUCAAACUGCUAACAGCUUGUCUCACCAUGGCAUCCAUUUCUUAGUGCUGCUUAUCUUGCCAAAUUGGGUAGCAAGAGGUGCUUGAAGUAUUACUGAGUAUUUAUUGUGUAAUUUUGGGUGCUUUUAAAGCCUUCACUGCUAUUUUAAAGCAAAAUUUGGGGAUCUGUAGCAUACCAAUAGCUGUAUUACUCUAGCAUUCCAAACAUGCCCAAAGCAAGUUAUCCUUGUGAUAGUUUAGUUAGCAAUGGUAUAGCUAGUAGCAAUCAGUAUCCUGGCGCUACAAGUUCUGAAUAUUGGAAGAGAACAUCUCUGCUUUGAAUGCAAAGCAUCAGAGUUUGUAAUUCACUAUAGAUUUCAGUGUCUCUCCUACUUAUGAAUGACUGAUGACAUCUUAAUUCUUCUCAAACUAUGACUUAACUAUCGCUUAAAUAACUGUUUUUCACCUCUGGUUAUUUAAAUCAUCCAACUUACACAGUUGUAUGAAUGCUGUUCUAUUAUCAAGACACUUUUAAAGUGUCUCAUAGCAUUUCUUGUGAAUGUUCCAAUACAUCGGUAAUAAAUAAUCCUGACCCAAUAAACUAACAUAAGAUGACAAGUUAUUGUCUAGUGCUUAUUCUUUGUGCAUCUGCCUAAUUCUCAGAAAAAAAAAAAAAAGCCUAAGUACAAGCAUUAAAGUGGUUGAAAACGGUUUCCACACUAUGUGCCUCAAAUCAGUAAUGCGUUAUCACACUUGUGGAUUGGUCUCAAAAACUAGCUUUUAAUGAUGUAACUUGUUUCUCAGUGUCUGCCUUGCAAAUGAGACAUGUCACUAUUAUUUGUGGUUACAAAUAACAUACCUAGUGUAGUAAUAGAUAUUUUUUCAGUAAUUUAUAAAAGAUGGACUUUUCUCUUAUAUUUAAACAUCUGUUCAUCCUUGGGGUUCUGUUCUUAGAACAAUUCUGUGUAUAUUUUGCAAUACAUGUUUUGUGUUUGUACAUUUUGCACCAAUAUGAAAUAUUGUAUUCUAAGUAUUAUUUACAAGUUCCAGAGAUCUGUAACUAGUAUUUGCUGUGAAAAAUACAACAUCUCUUCUACCCUG